AUGGAUUCAGAAGACGAAUUCAUGUCGGAUCCACCGAGUGGGGAUGAGAUUGAUUUUGAUGAAGGGACACAAGACAGCGAUAUUGCCAGUCUACCAGGUGACUUCGAUCAAGACCAUGAUGGUGGCUUUGGCUAUGAGAAAGACAUCCUUACAAACCCACAAAAGCCCUACGAAGUCGACUACAAGGUCCUCAGCCCGGAAGACAUUCACACCCAGCAAGAACAACAGUUCAAGGAAGUGUCAUCCAUCAUCGAGUUACCUGUGGAACAGACCGCUAUCCUUCUUCGAUUCAUGAGAUGGAACAAGGAGAAAUUGAUCGAAUCGUACAUGGACAACCAGGACAAAGUUCUCGAGGCCGCUGGCUUGGGACCGACGUUUACAGAGGCACCAAAGACCAAGAAGGUCAAGGGUUUCACUUGCGAGAUCUGCUUUGAAGACUCUCCAGACCUGGAGACGUAUGCCAUGAAAUGCGAUCACAGAUAUUGUACCACCUGUUAUACCCAAUACCUGACCCAGAAAGUCAAGGACGAAGGGGAAGCUGCUAGAAUCGAAUGCCCCUUCGAUGGCUGCCACCGGAUCGUGGACUCCAAAUCCUUGAGGCUGUUGGUUGACCAGAGUGUCAUGGACCGCUACCAUGUCCUUCUCACUAGAACAUAUGUGGACGACAAGGACAAUCUCAAGUGGUGCCCGGCUCCCGAAUGUGAAUAUGCUGUGGAUUGUCCUGUGAGGAAACGAGACCUCAGUCGGAUUGUCCCGACUGUCCGCUGUGCUCACGACCACAUGUUCUGCUUUGGGUGCACGCUUGCCGAUCAUCGCCCGGCCCCCUGUGCUCUCGUCAAGAAAUGGUUGAAGAAGUGCGAGGAUGAUUCGGAAACUUCGAACUGGAUUUCCGCCAACACCAAGGAGUGCCCGAAGUGCAAUUCAACCAUCGAGAAGAAUGGAGGCUGCAAUCAUAUGACCUGCCGGAAAUGCAAACACGAGUUUUGCUGGAUGUGUAUGGGCCCUUGGUCGGAGCAUGGAACUAGUUGGUACAAUUGCAACCGAUUCGAGGAGAAGUCAGGAACCGAUGCUCGUGAUGCUCAGGCACGUUCUCGGCACUCGCUGGAACGAUAUUUGCACUAUUACAACCGAUACGCCAACCACGAGCAGUCGGCCAAACUCGACAAAGACUUGUGGCUGAAGACCGAAAAGAAGAUGACAAGCCUCCAAUCCCAAUCUAACAUGUCGUGGAUUGAAGUUCAGUUUCUCGACACUGCCUCCAAAGCCCUACAAAAUUGUCGCCAGACCUUGAAAUGGACUUAUGCAUUUGCUUUUUACCUUGCUCGCAACAACAUGACGGAGAUCUUCGAGGACAAUCAAAAGGAUCUGGAAAUGGCGGUAGAAAACCUGAGUCAGAUGUUCGAGAAGCCCGUGCAUGAGCUCGGCAACUUGAAGGUUGAGAUUCUGGACAAGACAACUUACUGCAACCGGAGACGAGAGAUCCUAUUGAGCGACACUGCCGAAAAUCUGAAGAAAGACCAAUGGAAGUUCAAUGUUGAACUAUGA